CUAUCGUCCUUCUCAGUGAUGGCGGCUUCGUUUGGUUCUCUCCCUGCAAGCUGUAACAACAAAUGGUACUACACCCGGGAACAGAUCGACAACAACCCGUCUAAGCGAGCUGGACUUGAUCCGGACAAGGAGCUGUCCUACAGACAACAGGCAGCCAACCUGCUGCAGGACAUGGGACAGCGGCUCAAUGUGUCCCAACUUACAAUUAAUACAGCCAUUGUGUACAUGCAUCGAUUCUACAUGGUCCAGUCUUUCACCAGAUUUCACAGAAAUGUUAUUUCUCCAGCCGCACUCUUCCUCGCUGCAAAGGUUGAGGAGCAGCCCCGGAAGUUGGAACAUGUUAUCAAGGUUGCCCAUGCAUGCCUCAAUCCUCAGGAUCCUUCACCAGAUGUACGCAGUGAUGUAAGUAUUGGGCUUUGGUCAACAUUGCCAGCAGUUGUGCUCUAUCUCCUCCUAAGAUUACCUGAUGUGGUAGAGAUUUAAUCUCCGCAGUAUUAAAUCUUAAAGGUCCCAUGUCAUGGCCAUUUCUACUGAUCAUA